UGUCAACUGUGUGUGCCAAGGGGCGCUCCGCAUUUACCAAUGCGAUUAAUGAAGAAAAUAAGUUAUUGAGGAAACACUAAACAAAUAAUCGGCUUCUCUGUGCUGUAUACGCAAGAGGUCUGCAAGGAAUCAGCCUUCUGAACGAGCACAAAGGAAAAAUUAAAAAAGGAAGCAAAGAGGAAAGUUGGAGGAUAGAUGACUGGGGUCAAAUCAUUUGCCCUCUGAGAGAAAGUGAGAGAGAGAGGAAUGCAGAGCUUUCCGUGUCAAUUGUGGAAUGUCUGAGCUUCAUUAAGCAAUCCAGCAAUUUAGCAGAUUCUUGCCUCAUCUUGAUCACUUGAUUGCAGUCCUGCUGUCUGAUUGGAUCAUCUUUUGAGGGUCAAGACUGAAAACAGCUUUUGUCUUUGGUUGGUUGUUGCUGUCUGCCCCCCUCACCCUUCUCAUCAACACCAGUGAGAGCUAAAGUGGACUGGAAAUUCUUCUGAUUCCACCGCAGUCCAUCUUGUCUGAGGAUAACAGUGGUGUUCAGUCCACUCUGGGUCAUGCUGUGUGGCUGAGAUCUAUGCUCUAGCUGAAAUGAGGUUGGUGAUUUUGGGGUCGCGGCCCCUCUUGGCCUUGACCCUCACACUCACCCUCAACUGCCUAAUGCACCUUUGCCAUGGUGCCACACCCUUUCCUCAGGACCUGGAGCCAAUCAGCAUUGUCGACAGUGAAUGCACCUACCUGUACCCCAGUUUCCAGGGGAACAUGUCAGAUAACGACACUGCCAGACUGGGGCUGGAUUUUCAAAGGAUGCUGCGGAUUAACCACAUGCUCUAUAUUGCUGCCAGAGAUCACGUUUUUGCCAUUAACCUCAGUGUUUCAACUGAGCAUAUCUACCCCCAACAGAAACUGACAUGGAAGACAAAGGAUGUUGAGAAAUGCACAGUCAGGGGGAAAAACAGCGAUGAGUGUUACAACUACAUCAAAGUGCUGGUACCACGUAAUGAUGAAACUCUCUUUGCAUGUGGAACAAAUGCAUUCAACCCCACCUGUCGCAAUUACAAGAUGUCAUCUCUGGUGCAGGACGGAGAGGAAGUGGUUGGUCAGGCCCGCUGCCCUUUCGAAUCACGCCAGUCCAACGUUGGCCUAUUUGCCGGCGGGGACUUUUAUUCAGCCACGAUGACAGAUUUUCUAGCAAGUGACGCAGUGAUUUAUCGAAGUUUGGGAGAAAGUAGUCCUGUCCUGCGAACCGUAAAAUAUGACUCAAAAUGGCUACGAGAACCUCAUUUUCUUCACGCUAUUGAGUACGGAAACUACAUCUACUUCUUCCUUAGUGAGAUUGCCGUGGAAUACACCACUCUUGGCAAGGUGGUGUUCUCCAGAGUCGCUCGAGUGUGUAAGAAUGAUAAUGGUGGUUCUCCGCGAGUUCUAGAACGUUACUGGACAUCUUUCCUGAAAGCUCGGCUGAACUGCUCAGUUCCGGGUGAUUCAUUCUUCUACUUCGAUGUCCUUCAGUCAUUAACCAAUGUCAUGCAGAUCAAUCACAGGCCUGCGGUGCUGGGUGUCUUUACGACUCAAGCCAACAGCAUCACCGGUUCUGCAGUGUGUGCAUUUUUCAUGGACGACAUUGAGAAAGUCUUUAAUGGGAAAUUUAAGGAGCAGAGAAACAGCGAGUCAGCCUGGACACCAGUUCCUGAUGAGAUGGUGCCCAAACCCAGACCAGGAUCGUGUGCAGGUGAUGGCCCUGCUGCUGGUUAUAAGUCCUCUACAAAUUUCCCUGAUGAGACACUUACAUUCAUUAAGUCUUAUCCACUAAUGGACGAAGCCGUACCUUCUGUCAACAAACGCCCCUGCUUCACAAGAACCACCAGCAGGUUCAAGCUGACCCAGAUUGCAGUGGACACGGCCGCAGGGCCAUUUAAGAACUACACUGUUCUGUUUCUGGGCUCGGAGAACGGACGAGUUCUGAAGAUUCUCGCUAGCACACAACUAAACUCCUCAUACAGCACCCAGGUUUUGGAGGAUAUAGAUGUUUACAACCCCAACAAGUGUAAUGUGCGUGGUGAGGACCGGAGGAUUCUGGGAUUGGAGUUGGAUAAGGACCAUCAUGCCCUGUUUGUAGCAUUCUCAAGCUGCGUGAUCCGCAUUCCACUCAGUCGCUGUUCUGACUACGGCGUCUGCAAAAAGAGCUGUCUGUCCUCACGAGACCCCUACUGCAUCUGGCUGAGUGCGGGGAACUGUGCCACAGUGGCGCCGGGACUGAAGUUUGGAUUUGAACAGUAUGUGGAGAGUGGAUAUCUUCAGUACCCAGACAACUGUCAUGAUGUCAUGGCCACGACUCGCAAGCAGAACCCUGCAGUAGACUCUGCAUAUGGAAAGACCUCACCCACAAGCGCCACCACAACCAAUCAGGGGCCAACUCUGCCUAAAGUCAAAGGUGUCUCUGAGACAGGUACCCACCCCGAGGAGGGGAGGCGGGGAGGGCAGGGUUCUCCUGACUUGGAGCCAGUCAGUGUGGAUAUGGAGGGAGUGCGCCGACCCCCUGAGGUAGAUAAGUCCAACCACAGUGUUCACUACACUCUGCUGAUUGCAUGUGUUUUGGUGGCGUUUGUCUUGGGCGCUUUCCUCUCCGGUUUCCUCAUUUCUUGUUAUUGCAACCACAACAUUAACAAGACCAAGAGGCUAUCGAAAGACCCAGAAGCACCAAUCCCACAUGCUUUAUCCCUGCGCAGCCUGGCCAAGCUCAACGGCUUGUUGGAGAGUCAUAGCAAAGAUGAGAAGCUGGAGGUGUCUUCACCCAAACUCUACAACUCAUUCUUUGCCAAUGGAAAAGAGCAGGCUCACAGUAUAAAUGCCCACCAUGCUGCCAUGACGGAGCUCAUUCACCCACAUCAUCACCACUCUGCAGAACUCUCUGGCUUGCCCACACCAGAUUCAACGCCAGACCUUCCAAUCAAGAGCAUGAAGGCAUUCAAGAACCAAUGGGAGAAGAAUCAAAACUGCAAUAAUGCAAAAGAGCCAAAAUCCCAUAACAUGGGUGCUUCUCGGCCCACUUCUGGUAUCCAGCAUCAGAUCUUCCCCUUCUCCCAUGGACUCUCCAAUGGACAGGUACUAGGUGGUUCAAUGCACCUUGAGGAACGCAAAGUCCACAAUGCAGAGCGUGUGGCGAGUCAGUCGUAUCACUGUUAUCCGCACAAGAUUGUGGAUGUCACCUCGCUCGAUGAACUUCUGAAACACAUCCACGAAAUCAACGUGGCCACUGGCAAAAGUCCCACUGUCCUCACCUCCUCCAUGUCAGCCAAUGGUGGUCAGAUGGCGUUUGCAAACCGUGUACAGCCACAAAUCCCAGAAACAGAGUCCGCACCAUAUUACAGUUCCUCCACAUUGCCUCGAGACAGUCUCACGCGUCGCAUGGACGUCCCACCUGAGAUUCCUUCCCAUCACCAGUCAACUUUGGAGAGAGUUUCUCGUCACCCAUCCCAACGCCACUCACUAAUAACGACACCCAAGAUGCCUAGCAGUGGGGUGGUGCCACGGCAACACAGCUUCAACCAGCGGAGCUCCCAUCAGCCCCUCCUGCUCUCCCGAAUGAACUCUAAUGGCACCAGUUCGGGUUGUGAUGCUAGGCACCCGCUCAUCCAUAACGGAUAUCUAACGCGCCAGCACAGCUACGGUGAGCAGCAGGAGGUCCACCGUGGAGCUAUCGUCCGCCGGACAGCCUCACUCAAGCCCGACGUCCCUCCCAAACCUCUGUUUAUCCCUGCCAGCUCACCUGUCAACCAGGCAGGAAAGUUCAACUACUGAACAACAGAGAAGAAAAGCCUGUGGUUUUUCGUAAAAUGGCUACUCAACCUGACAGAAUUGAAUGUUGACAAAGGAUAUCGAAAGUUUAAUAAACUGCCUUUAUGAGAAGAAAAUCCUCUAGAGAUUGGCUGCCAGUGUUGUCAACUUGACAUUUGAACAAUGACUUGUUUUUCUCUGUUUUAUUAAUAUAUUUGUACCAUAUUGGUAUUGCUCAGCUAUUGGCCAAUAGGAGGGGAGGACCUACGGGAGUCCACACCCACCUAGAUGUAGGCUGCCGCAGUGAUGAGUGUGUGGCUUUACAGUAUUACUUUGGAUUGUCUAGACAAGCAUUACUGAAGUUCUGGACCUGAACUUUUAUCCAAACAAGCAUACACACCAUGUUUGAUAUUCUGAUCUCUCUUGCUUUGGCUAUGUAUUCUGUUGAUGUAGAGUUGAUGAACUGUAAAUAUCCCAGUUAGAAACAUCUACUGUAUAUAUGCAUGUAUGUGUGUGUGUGUGUGUGUGUGUGUGUGUGUGUGUGUAUAUAUAUAUAUAUAUAUAUAUAUAUAUAUAUAUAUAUACACACAAUCAUCUAAUAUAUACAUAUAUAUAUAUAUUGCAUACUGCAUAUGUGUAUAUGUAUGUAUGUAUGUAUGUAUGUAUGUAUGUAUGUAUGUAUGUAUGUAUGUAUGUGUGUGUGUGUGUGUGUGUUUGUGUGCGUGUUCAUAUCUGUGUACAUAUACAUGCCUUGUGUAUGUAUCCAAAUUACCAAAAUGGAUGAGCCCCUCAAAAAGUAGUUCCUUAGCCUUAUUUUGCAAGCAAAUGUGCAGUUGAAAUGCCUACACAACCAGUGAAGUUUUCUGUAAAAUCUAUAAGCAAUAAUCUCCUGACCACACCAGUGCAAUGCAGCUAGGACACAAACUCAAAUAAAAAUUCAGAUUUUUGAAUGCUUAUCUAGAGAAUCGAGAGGCUAGAGAACAUCACAACAUUCAAUCCCCAAUUUGGUGAAUCAUUCUAGUGUUAUGAAGGAUAUGUGUGUGUAUAUACCCAGGGAGAAUGUAUUCUUUGUUUAUAAACAAGAAUCAGUGUGGGGUGCUCCAGUAUUAACCCUCUGCCUCCUAUGUUAAAUCAACACUCUAACUUGUUGAAAUAUCCCAAAAAAUCUCCUAUAGAAAAGUGCUCUUAUGCUGUGUCUUAACCACAUAUGAUGCGAUAAAGUUACAAAUGAUCAUACAAGCAAUGCUCCACACAACUAUAUUUUAAACACUAGAUAUGUUCUCAUUGGCAGUAAUUGUGCAUAAUUUUUACUUUCAGGGUGCACAGAGAAAUUACUUUUUGCUGGAAACUUGUCGGGUCACAACUGGCUAAGACACGGUGUAAAAAGCCCAGAUCUCCAACUCUUGACAUAAGUUAAUCAUAUGUUGUAUGUUAAAACAAACAUUGUAUCAAUAUUAAAACUACAACUGUUUUGUGUAAAUAGAUGAACAAUAACUAGGCAAAUUUUAAUUGUUUGUGUAAAAUUUGUGCCUUAUUUAAUAUGAUGUGUUAAGGGGGGUGGCGGCAGUGAAGAGGUCAUAAAAAGAGGGCUAAGUGGCCGUCAUUAUCAUUUUAUUUUUAAUAUUUGUAUUUUUCUUUUUAGCUUGAUUGUCUGUAUAUGUCAUAGCUAUUGUAGAUAUAUAUUUCUAGAUACUUUUUAUAUCCCCAGACUGUGUGAGGCUUUUGCAUUUUGGAUCAGCAUCUGCAGUUUUAAUUUCUUUCUUUUCUUUCUUUCUUUCUUGCUUGCUUGCUUGCUUUUUUGCUUUCUUGAUUGCAUUCUUGCUUGCUUGCUUUCUUGUUUUUUCUUUCUCGUUCAGUAUUCUUGAUGCAUUGAAGUUGACAUUAGGAUUGAACUCCUGCCCACACUGAAGGGUUUGUUUUGAGAUGUGAGAUACAUGAACUUCUAUACUGAAACAUAUCUUCAGAUCUUAUGUUUAAUGGUGAGAGGAAGACUUAGGCACUGUGUUUGGAGAAGAAACUUCUGUGUGUGUGGGGGGGGGCAUGCAGAGACCAUAUCUGUUGGCUGUAGUUCAAACACAUAUCUCCCUUUGCUUUUCCCAGUACUUCAGUCUGGCAGAGUAGCUCUGUUCCUCUGCUCAAUGUCAUCUUCAUCUCUUUUGUCAGUCUGUCUUAAGUCACUAUGAUGUGUCUGCUUUUGCUUUAAUUCUUGGUGCUGGUCUGAAAUACAGUUUUAUCAUGUACAGUUGAAUGAAUUUUUUAAAUUGGCCGCCUGUAACUGCGUACUAUGUGCUCUUUUGCCCCUCACAAAACCAAAUGCAAUGUCGCAUUUUAAAUGAUGGCUACCACAUCAUAUGCAUAACAGAUGGAAAGUGGACUGAGGGUUGAAUCACUGCUCCAUACACAGUGGCAAACCAGAUCUUAAGAGACUGGAACGAGUGGUACUGGGAGAAAUGAAGAGUAGUUUCUUUGAAUUUCAAAAGAUAUUAUGAUGGAAAGGAACUGUGUGUCAGUUUUAUCUGCUUUAACCAUUGAGGUUUCUGUCAUUGCACAGUGUAAAUACAGUCCUGGAGUUACCCAGGAUUCAAUGAUCUGUUAUGAUUACUAUUGGAUGAAGCCCCAUGGAUUCUCCACCUCUGCUUUUAUGGAUACUGUUGUAUUUUCCUUAUAACAAAUAAAUGAAAG